AUGGAAGAGGCGGCCAACACUAUUCGUGAUGCUGUUGAGGCAGCCCAGUUGGGAGGAGCUGGCGAGCCUGGCACGCCGCGCCACAAGCUCCUGGAGACUGCCGGUGAGUUGGCCAACCUUCUCGACCGCUUUGCAACUGCCACUUCCUCGCACUCCCAAAAAGACAUGAUCAACAUUUCGAAGGAGGUGUCGAGCGUGGUGGGUAGUCUGGUGGACUCGGCCAACGCCCUCUCGGCGCACAGCCCGCACCUCAAGGACCAGGAAAACCUGAUCAGCGAAUGGUCCAGUGCUGCUGUGAAGGCGAGGAAGGCUGCAGUGAACCUCAAGAUCCACACUGCCAUGGCAGCGGCGAGCGAGAAAGACAACAGGGUGAAGGAGCUGGAGAAGUUGAACGCCUGCCUCGACGAUCUCGCUCAGAAUGUCGUAGCGCUCACCGAGCACGCUCAGUUCUCCAGCCUGCAGUGGGUGUCUGCCUGA